UAGUUUAAAGCCUACAUUUACGUUCCAUGUUUACACAUCCGCGAUCCACAAAUAGCAGGCGUGCCCUCCGCAAUGAUGUGGGGAACUGGGGACGUUGAAAUAAGGUGACUAUUUUUAUCCUGCGCACACGCUGCGGAUGAGCACGCGACAAACUUCAAUUAUUUUGUAUUUCAUCCUUGAACAGACAAGUACUUUGAUACGAUUGCCAGAUAGCGCAUAAUAAAGUCUUUUUUUUUUACAAAUAUCGUGGUUUAUAAUUCAUAAAAAAUUUCUAUACUUCACAGUAGUGUAUUAAAAUAAUUGUAGUAGAAGGAUGCCAUUCUGUGUAAUCUAAUUUCAGUUCAGACGUUCUUCAUCAAUAUUUAGGUAUUGAGGUGGAAGUUCGCUGAACUCUGUGAACGUAGCGAAUAUAUCUAAAAAUAUUGUGUUGUGGUGACUAACGCAGACUAAAUGUUUUAAACUCUCUCGGCAUACCGGUUUCCUGCCAUUCAUUCCUAUUUGCCUGAUCCAUGCAGUAUUCAGUAAGGAUAUUCUGAAGUUAUUUGUUGUGUUUGAUAUGACUCGCGGACCGACGAUAGUACGUGUGGCGCCGGGCGGCAGCGGUGGUGGUAGAGGCAUCAAAUGCUGUUGUUGUCGAUGCUGCGAAUGCAUUAAUUUUGGGUACCUCACCACUCAACAUGGAGUUAUUAAAUUGGCAGAAGCUAUGUUGGGCGGCCUGUGCCAAAGUUUGCUGGUGAAAUACGGCAUGUCGGAGGCCAGUAGCAUGGGCUCCGCGUUCCACGGGUUCCUCACCACGGCAUCUGCCUGUCUGCUUACGACAGCCUUGCUCAUCACCUGCUACGUGCUAUCUUCAAACUCGCAGCAGUUAAUCAGGCAGUCUAUUUUUGAAUGUCUCUUCAAUGCAGUCGCUUGUUUCCUGUACCUGUCAGCCUCUUCGUACAUGGGCGUGGCUGUGAACAUCUACCUGUACCCACGAUACGCUCUCGUCAAUAUGUACGCCGCCUAUCCGGCGAUGACUGCGGUUUAUUACAUUGGGGUGAUUGUUGGGAUUCUACAUGGAGUAGAUGCGUAUAUAUCGUACAAAGGCUUAAAAGGAUAUCGAUGAACUUUUUAAAUAUGUAUGUGAUCUAUGUAUGUAUUAACUUUACCAUACAACCAUAAUUUGGUUUAAGUAAUUUUUUUUACGAUGAUAUUCUGUUGUAUUAAGGGAUUACUUUAAGUUAUAAGCUUCCUAAAUAAUAAAACGAACGAAAUCUUUUUUAGUAAAACAGUGAAAUUUUAACACAUUCGGACAUCUAAUCAAGUGUUCGUUCGUUAGAAAAUGGAUCCCAUAAACAUGUUUUAAAUUCUUAUAUUUUAGAUUGUUUCUUAUUUUGAUGGAUAUACUGAUAGCUAAAAAUAGAAAAUACACAAGUAGAAAUCUAAAGAGAUCUUUAAGUAAAGUCAUUCCAAGUAUAUUACGACGCCCUACUCUUAUUUGUUCCAAAUGCAACGAUUCUGACAUAUAACCUCAGUGAUAAUUUUUCUAACUAUAAGGUUAGACAUAUCCCUAAUACUUAAUCUUGUAAA